AUACCGUAAAGAAGAAGAAGAAGAAGAAGAAGAAGACGACAACAGAGCUAACAUGGCUCUGUCUGUGUGUUAGCGAUGCGUCUCAUUUACGUUGUAUUUUUGUGUCAAGUGCAGCGUUCAGAUUGACAACGACCCGUUACAUGAAGCCCAUUGAACAAAUGAAUCUCAACUAGGCGACGACCCCCUGCUCCACCUGCGGCGACUGUGGUUCCGCCUUGUGCCCGUCAGUCGAGAUGAAUCGUCCCAAACCAACAACUCUCCGGCGCCCCAGCGCUGCCAAACCCUCAGGUCACCCACCGCCGGGGGACUUCAUCGCCCUCGGAUCGAAGAGCCAGGGCGCGGAGCCCAAAGCCCCCGCGGUCCUCCUGAAACCCGCGUCCACAGGUUUACCGGCGGACCGCAAGAGAGAGACGUCCACCGCCUUGCCCUCCUCGUCAGGCCUGUCCGGCCUCACCAAGCGCCCCAAGCUGUCCACCACGCCUCCGGUCAGCGCCCUGGGGAGACUGGCCGACGUGGCAGCUGCGGACAAGAGGUCAAUUUCUCCCUCGAUAAAGGAGCCGUCAGUGGUGCCUAUUGAAGUGUCGCCGGCGGUGCUGCUGGACGAGAUCGAGGCGGCCGAGUCCGAGGGCAACGACGAUCGCAUCGAGGGGCUUCUGUGCGGAGCGGUGAAGCAGCUCAAGCUGAACCGAGCCAAACCCGACAUCACGCUGUACCUCAGCCUCAUGUUCCUCGCCAAGAUCAAGCCCAACGUCUUUGCAACCGAAGGAAUCAUUGAGGCCCUGUGCAGCCUGCUGCGUCGGGACGCUUCCAUCAACUUCAAAGCGAAGGGCAACAGCCUGGUGUCCGUUCUCACUUGCAAUCUGCUGAUGGCCGCCUACGAGGAGGACGAGAACUGGCCGGAGAUCUUUGUUAAAGUGUACAUAGAGGACUCGCUGGGGGAAAGAAUCUGGGUGGACAGUUCUCACUGCAAGAACUUUGUCGACAACAUCCAGACGGCUUUUGGCACAAAGAUGCCCCCGAAGAGUAUGCUGCUGCAGGCUGACACUGGCCGCUCCGCUGGAGAUCUGAGUGCAGGUAGCAGCCCACACCCCUCAACUCCUGAUGACGACGACAGCCAGACUGAACUGCUGAUCGCCGAGGAGAAGCUCAGCCCUGAGGACGAGGGGCAGGUGAUGCCGAGGUAUGAGGAACUGUCUGAGAGCGUGGAGGACUAUGUGCUAGACGUCCUCCGGGAUCAGCUGAACCGCAGGCAGCCGAUGGACAACGUGUCCCGAAACCUGCUGCGUCUGCUCACGGCCACGUGCGGCUACAAAGAGGCGCGACUCAUGGCCGUGCAGCGGCUGGAGAUGUGGCUCCAGAACCCAAAGCUGACUCGGCCGGCCCAAGACCUCCUCAUGUCCAUGUGUAUGAACAGCAACACCCAUGGAGCGGACGACAUGGAGGUGAUCUCCAACCUGAUCAAGAUCCGCCUCAAACCCAAAGUGCUCCUCAACCACUACAUGCUGUGUGUCAGGGAGCUGCUGAACGCACACAGAGACAACCUGGCCACCAUGGUGAAGCUGGUGAUCUUCAAUGAGCUGUCCAAUGCCAGGAAUCCCAACAACAUGCAAGUUCUCCACACGGUGCUCCAGCACAGCCCAGAGCAGGCUCCGAAGUUCUUGGCAAUGGUUUUCCAGGACCUGCUGACCAACAAGGACGAUUACCUGCGCGCCUCCCGAGCUCUGCUGAGAGAGAUCAUCAAGCAGACCAAGCACGAGAUUAACUUCCAGUCCUUCUGCUUUGGCUUAAUGCAGGAGAGGAAGGAGGCCACUUACGUGGACAUGGAGUUCAAAGAGCGUUUUGUUAUCCAGGUGACGGAUCUGCUGACCGUCUCCAUGAUGCUGGGCAUCACCGCUCAGGUCAAAGAAGCCGGCUUAGCUUGGGACAAAGGCGAGAAGAAGAGUGAGUCCUAUCUGGAGGGCCUGAGGUCGUUCCAGAAUCAGAUCGCCGCCAUACAGAGAGACGCCGUGUGGUGGCUCCACACCGUGGUCCCCACCAUCAGCAAAGUCGGCGCAAAGGACUACGUCCACUGCCUUCACAAGGUGCUUUUCACCGAGCAACCCGAAACAUAUUACAAGUGGGACAACUGGCCUCCUGAGAGUGACAGAAAUUUCUUCCUUCGCCUCUGCUCCGAGGUGCCGCUGUUGGAGGACACGCUGAUGCGCAUUCUGGUGAUCGGCCUGUCCCGCGACUUGCCCCUGGGCCCGGCCGAUGCCAUGGAGCUGGCAGACCACCUGGUGAAGAGGGCUGCCGGAGUUCAGUCCGACGAUCAUAUCAGCUCAACUGAUCUGGAGGUGCUGAGAGUGGAGAGGAUUCAACUCAUCGAUGCGGUGCUGAACCUGUGCACAUACCAUCACCCAGAGAACAUUCAGCUGCCAGCGGGGUACCAACCACCAAAUCUGGCGAUAUCCACCCUCUACUGGAAGGCGUGGCAGCUGCUGCUUGUGGUGGCUGCAUUUAAUCCUCAGAGGAUAGGUUUGGCUGCCUGGGAUGGUUACCCAACGCUGAAAAUGCUCAUGGAGAUGGUUAUGACAAAUAACUACACCUACCCUCCGUGCACCAUCACGGACGAGGACACGAAGACGGAGAUGAUCAACCGCGAGCUGCAGAUCUCCCAACGGGAGAAACAAGAGAUUCUAGCCUUCGAGAGCCACUUGGCCGCAGCGUCCACCAAACAGACGAUCACCGAGAGCAACAGUCUGCUGUUGUCUCAGCUCACCAGUCUGGACCCACAGGGUCCUCCUCGUCGACCUCCACCGCAGUUCCAGGAGCAACUAAAAACCCUCAACCAGUCCCUGCGUCUGGGACACCUCCUCUGCCGCAGCCGCAACCCAGACUUCCUGCUCAACAUCAUUCAGCGACAGGCUUCCUCUCAGUCCAUGCCAUGGUUGGCUGAUCUGGUCCAGUCCAGCGAGGGUUCCUUGGACGUGCUCCCAGUGCAGUGCCUGUGUGAAUUCCUUCUGCACGAUGCUGCAGAUGAGAGUCUGCCAAUAGACGAUGAUGAUGAAGCAGAGAGCAAAGAGCAGAGGGCCAAGAAGAGACAACGACAACAAAAGCAACGGCAGCUGCUCGAACGACUGCAGGAUCUCUUGUUAGGUCCUAAAGCCGACGAACAGACAACGUGUGAAGUGCUGGAUUAUUUCCUGCGUCGUCUCAGCUCUUCUCAGGUGGCAUCGAGAGUCCUAGCUAUGAAGGGUUUGUCAUUGGUGCUGACCGAAGGAGGCUUGAAGGACGGAGACGAGCGGGAGCAGCCCAUGGAGGAAGACUCGGCAGAUGCUGAGCUGUUGCCAGGUUACCAGUGGCUGCUGCAGGACCUCCCGAAGCUCCCCUUGUUUGACAGCGUCAGGGGCAUGACGUCCACCGCUCUGCAACAGGCCAUUCACAUGGAGACCGAUCCACAGACCAUCAGUGCCUACCUCAUCUACCUAUCCCAGCAUGCACCAGUGGAGGAGCAGGCUUCUCAUAAUGACCUUGCUCUGGACAUUGCCCGGCUGAUCGUGGAACGUUCCACCAUCAUGAACAGCCUGUUCUGCAAACACUCCACCAGACCCGAGUCCGACGCCGUGCUCUCCGCUUUCCUCACCAUCUUCUCCGCUUACAUCAAGAGGAUGAGGAAAACCAAAGACGGCGAGGAUCUUUACAGCUGGUCUGAAUCUCAAGACCAGGUGUUUUUGCGUUGGACUACAGGAGAGACUGCAACCAUGCACAUCCUUGUGGUCCACGCCAUGGUCAUCCUGCUGACUCUGGGGCCGCCAAAAGGAGAGAGCGAUUUCUAUGCUCUUUUGGACAUUUGGUUCCCUGACAAGAAACCCCUGCCCACCGCCUUCCUGGUUGACACCUCAGAGGAGGCCCUCCUGCUGCCCGAUUGGCUGAAACUGAGGAUGAUCCGAUCAGAGGUCUCUCGAUUGGUCGACGCAGCUUUGCACGACCUGGAGCCUCAGCAGCUGCUGCUGUUCGUUCAGUCCUUCGGCAUCCCCGUGUCCAGCAUGAGCAAACUGCUGCAGUACCUGGAUCAGGCCGUUUCCCAAGACCCGCAGUCUCUUGAGGAGAACAUCAUGGACAAGCACUACAUGGCCCACCUGGUUGAGGUGCAACAUGAGCGAGGGGCCACUGGGGGGCACACUUUCCAUUCUUUACUGAGCUCCUCUCUUCCUCCGAGCAGAGAUUCCGCUGAAACAAGUAAGGCCAAAGUUACCGUGGAAACGCCCCACAGCUCUGUUAAGAUGAGAGCGGCCAGUCAGCUUCCUGCCGUCGGGCCCGAAGACGAUCUCACUGGCAUGUUGCUUCAGAUAUUCCCCUUGAAGGUGGACCCUCGCUGGCAUGGCCCGCCCCCCAGCCAGCUCUCCCUGGCCCUGCAGCAGGCCCUGGCUAAAGAGCUGAUGCGGGCCAAACAGGGCCAGGUUCAGCAGGGUGGGUUGGCGUUUCGCCUCCUCCAGGCCUUUGCCGCCCUGCUCACCUCUGCCCACGCGGGGCCUAUCGUCAUGUCAAUGCACCGCAGCCACGCCCUCUCCUGUCCGCUCAUGCGCCAACUUCACCUCUAUCAGCGUCUCGUGUCCCAGGACGUUACCUUCUCCUCACUGUUCCUCAAGGUCGUGGUUGAGAUGUUAAUCUGGUUAGACAACCCGACUGUGGAGGCAGGACCACUGAAGACUCUGCUCAGAUCUUUCGCUGGCCAGAACUCUCACACACACAGGCACAAUGACGUGCGGACAGGUUUCCUCCACCUGGCUGAGGCGUUGGCGUAUCGCAGAGACACUGAAGGGCCAUUGAGAGCCGUCAUUGCAAUGCUGAAAGCUGGAGACAGAUGUAACGCAGAAGCAGAGCUCAUUGGCAAAGUGCUACAAGGGCUGAUGGAGGUGAAGUCGCCAUACUUGGAGGAGCUGCUGUCUCUGUUGAUGACCGUGGGCACGCAGAACGGGACGGCCGGCCCCGUCGCCAUGGUGAUCUCCUUGCUGCUUCAAGAAACCGAGGAGCAAGGCGUGAAGAAGGAAGUGGAUUCUAACAACUCUGAGGUGACGAAGUCGGGGCUGAGCUCUGGGCUGCUCGUCGACUGGGUGGAGCAUCUCGACCCCGAGGUCACGUCGGUGUGUCCCGACCUGCAGCAGAAGCUACUGUUCGCCCUCAACAAAGUACGAGGCACCCCUGCAUACAGACCUUAUCUUCUGGCCUUGCUCACACAUCAGUCAAACUGGUCCACCCUCCUUCAGUGCAUCGGUGCUCUUCUCAGCAAGCGGCGAGACUACAAACUGGACCCUUCGUCCGCUCUGGACUUCCUGUGGGCGUGCAGCCACAUCCCGCGUAUCUGGCAAGGACGUGACCAGAAGAUCCCUCAGAAGAAAACCGAGAAGUUUGUGCUGCGCCUCAGCUCGGAGGAGCUCGUCAGCCUGGUGGACCUGAUCCUGUCCGAGUCGGAGCUCAACGGUCGUGACCAGCAACACGACGACAAGGGCGGCGUGGACCAGGCCUCGCGCUCCCUCAUCCAGUCCCGGCUGCCGCUCAUUCACUCCUACUGCAACGGAGAUCUGGAAAACAUCAAGAAGGUCUCCGAGUAUCUCAUCAGCUGCACAAAGAAGUGGGAGGACAGUGCGAUGAGCAAGCGCUGCCAGAACCUGCUGCUGCAGAUCUAUCUUCAUUUCCCCGAGGUCAUCCAGCACGUUACCCUGCCGGACGGCACCUUCAGCAGCGGAGGGGCGGCAGACGGCAGCAGCUGCAAGCUGGACGUCCUCGUCCAUCGCCUGGUCACUCUGCUCGCUGACAUUGGAGACACCAAGUCCGUGGAGAGCCGCGUGUCCGAUGCCAACCUGGCCUGUAGGAAACUGGCUGUGUCGCACCCCGUCCUUUUGCUCAGACACCUGCCCAUGGUCGCAGGUCUGCUACACGGUCGCAUUCACCUGAACAUGCAGGAGUUCCGGCAGCAGAACCACAUGACCUUCUUCAGCAACGUGCUCGCCAUCCUGGAGCUGCUGCAGCCGCUGGUGUUCCACGGCGACCACCAGAGGGCGCUUCAAGACUGCCUUCUGUCGUUCAUGAAGGUCCUUCGGAACUUUCAGAGGACACGUUCUCCUUUGGUCUUCAUCAACAAAUUCCUGCAGUUCACACAGAAGUACAUCACGCGCAACGCGGCGGCCGCCAUUCCUUAUCUACAGAAGCACUCUGCCAUCUUACAGGGCCUAUGCGCUGAAAACCCCGACCUGGUCCAGCUGAAGUCUCUGCUGGCCGGACUCACUCUGCCAGUGAGAAGCUCCUCUGCUGGGGUCUCGACAGACGAUGGAGAGGAUGACAUGUCGACCGGUUCCCUUCCCCUAGUCAACAUAUCUGCCUCGGUUUCAGUGAGCGCGGCCGACAUGACGAUGUGCCUGAAAAAGAUGUCCAGAGGAGAAGCAGUCGAGGAUGUGUUGGAAGUGUUGACAGAGGUGGAUGAUAAGUCGAGGAGGAGCCCAGAGAUCAUCCAAUACUUCAUUAACGAUCUGCAGAGACUUAUGGUUUCCUCUGAGGAGCUGUGUCGGAACAUGGCCUUCAGUCUGGCCCUGCGCUGCAUGCAGAACAACCCCUGCCUGGCAACAGACUUCCUGCCAACUUUCAUGUACUGCAUGGGCAGUGGGAACUUCGACGUGGUGCAGACUGCGCUCAGGAAUCUCCCCGAAUACGUGCUUCUCUGUCAGGAACACGCAGACAUCCUGCUCCACAAGGCGUUUCUAGUGGGAAUCUACGGACAGAUCGACACCAGUUCCAUGAUCUCCGAGUCCAUGAAAGUCCUUCACAUGGAAGCAACAACAUAACAGUAAAAGCGUGAACAACUGCACCAAAAUAGUGUCACUCCUUCUCUGCAUUCCGGAGCUGGAUUUCUUUUUCCCUCCUUUUGCCUUUUAGUUCAAACGUUGCUCUAAUUUGAUCACAGCAGAUUACCGGACUCGUCGGCUCGUCGACGGUUCACAUUAAAGCGUCCUCCAGCGAGCCAGAAGCUUCCAGUUGUGUAAUAAUUUGGCCGACUUCAAAGAAUGUAUUAAAACUCCCUCUAAAUGAGCUGGAAAUGUAAUAAUUAAAAACUGUGAAAUUGCCAUUGUUGCAGUAAAGUCACAAUUAGGCCAUUUAUUACUCUGUAAAAGGAUGUAAAUUAUUUUUUAACUGAUAUUGUGACAAUACAAGAACGAGUAAUGAAAAAAAGAUAAGGAGAACUGGAACAGUAUUAGGUGAUGUCAUUGUGUCAUUCAACACAUACUACACCCAGUUGGAUAAAUAAUAGAAACAGUCGAUUUAAUAAUUGGAAAUGGUAAUAUGGUAAAUGGCAUUAUAUUACAAGUAGUCAAAUAAACGGUUCAAUUAGAUUUAAAUAAUUACUAAACUGUCUUUAGAGGGAGAUUUUUUACAUCACUGCAGUCGCUAAAUUAUCAGCUAUUACAUUUAUGACACUACAAAUCUCAUUGUUAUAGGCCCUCAUAUUUUCACUUUUGGCUUCAUAUCUUUAAUUGUUUGAAUAUGAAUUAUUAAUAUUAAAAUCACACUAUGUUAAUACAAAUGUUUUUUGGAUACAAACCUAAAUGUUUUGAUGAUCUUUCAUCAAUAUGAGUAUAAGGAGCAGUUUAAUAUUGAGUCUUUAAGUUUUUGACUGUUAUUACCGAACAAUUGAAACUUAUUAAAAAUAAGAAGCCAUAGUACAAAACAAUUGUCAUCGCUCAAAUUAUUUUUUGUGAAUUUCUUCAACAGCUGAAACAAAUAAUCAAAAAGUCCUGAUGCUUUAAUGUUACUAGAAUCUGUGAACUGAAUAAAAUCAUUUUUCAGAAUGA